UUUUCACCGCGCUAUCCAGGGGGAUCAAUUGAUUUGCAUUCGUUAAAAUGAUUCUUUCCCGAACCAAAUCGGAGUCAGCCAAGGGAAACCGGAAUUCGGCAGGUGGCGGGUCGGGUUCAGCCGGAACCAGUUCCAAAUCUGCGGCAACGAUCCCUAGCUUCGAAGAGUUUUUGCUGAAACGGGAUUACAUUGGGGCCAAGACUGUGCUGCAGUGCUCGAAGGAUUACGACGAAGUGGCGGAUUCGUUAAAAGAGCUAUGGGUUUCGUUCUGCAAUUUCCACAUCGGGGACUAUAAAGAGGCUUUGGAACAGUAUGAAAAAAUCUACGACGCAGAUAAAAGUCAGAAGGAGGUGGCAUUGAACAUUUGUGUGUGUAUGUUCUAUCUGGGAAUGUACGAUGAGGCGCAGAAGUUAGUUGAAGAAUUGCCGGAGAACCCGUUGAAGAUUCGUUUGCUGUUUCAUUUGGCCCACAAACUGAGCGAGGAAGAUCGUUUAAUGGAGCUUCAUGGAUCACUUAGGGACGUGAUCGAAGAUCAGCUGAGUCUUGCGGGAAUGCAUUAUCUUCGGUCGCAUUACCAGGAAGCGAUUGAUAUUUAUAAGCGAGUCUUGUUAGACAACAAAGAUCUUUUGGCUUUGAACGUUUAUAUUGCUAUUUGCUAUUAUAAACUGGAUUAUUAUGACAUUUCUCAAGAAGUUCUGGAACUGUAUUUGAACCAGCAUCCAGACAGCACGAUUGCGAUCAAUUUGAAAGCCUGUAACCGAUUUAGAUUAUUCAAUGGUCGAGCAGCUGAACAGGAGAUAAAGAAUAUAGUCGAUAGCGGAACAUUUGGAUCGGAUUUGAUUAAACACAACCUGGUAGUUUUUCGGAACGGGGAAGGGGCGCUUCAGGUUCUACCGCAGCUAAUCGAUAUCGUCCCAGAGGCACGAUUGAAUCUGGCAAUUCAUCAUCUGCGUCGGCAUGAAAUUCAGGAAGCGCAUCAGCUAAUGAAAGAGGUUCAGCCUUCGGUUCCUCAGGAGUAUAUUCUCAAAGGAGUAGUUCACGCUGCUCUAGGUCAGGAAACAGGUUCCAAAGAACACCUGAAAAAUGCUCAACAAUGUCUGCAUCUGGUCGGAGGAUCUGCUUCGGAAUGCGACACUAUACCGGGUCGCCAAAGUAUGGCAUCCGCAUUUUUCCUGUACGGUCAAUUCGAGGAGGUCUUGGUGUAUCUCAACUCAAUCCGCAGCUAUUUUGUCAACGACGACGUAUUCAACUACAAUUACGCUCAGGCGAAGGCCGCCACCGGAUAUUACAAAGAGGCUGAAGAGCUUCUGCUUCAAAUUCAUGACCAAAGUAUCAAAGCCGAGCACACUUAUGCCAUGGUUCUGGCCAAAUGCCACAUCCAUUCCGGUCACGCCGAUCAAGCUUGGAAUAUGUUUCUCACCAAGGACACAACGCCGGAUGCGUUUUCAUUGCUUCAACUGAUAGCCAACGACAGCUACCGGGUUGGGGAGUUCUGGGUUGCUGCUAAGGCCUUUGACACCUUGGAGAAGUUGGAUCCCAAUCCGGAAUAUUGGGAGGGCAAACGGGGAGCAUGUGCCGGAGCCGUGCAAGCCAUCUUGGCCAAACGAUCCAGUGGAGCUCCCCAGGGUGGAGUUGCCGAGAUUAUCACGCUGCUGAGAGAUUCUACCAACACCCAGGCCGAAAGUAUGCUGCGUACGAUUCGACGGUUUGCUAGUAGCAUCAAAUAAACUUGUGUUUCUAC